CUUCUAUUCACUGUACAUACCUAAACUCAACUGUCAAAAACAGAUGUGAAAUUGUGAACAAUAUACAAUAUUUUGAAAGAAUAGGUUAUAUUGUACAAUUUUGCAAAAAAAAAGCUUAUAAUUAAUGUGAUAUGUGAAGUACCGUGAUUAUUAUAAAAUAAAUGUGUAAGAGUUCAACAAAAUGGCUUUGUGUAAGAUAAACACUUUCAUAAAUCUGAUAAGAUACACAACUCCAAGCCCAAUUCUGUGCAAAUCAUUAACAAAAACAAAUAGUUUUAGUUAUUCUAAACCUUUGUUAAUUAGUUCACAACGUUGGUUAUUUCAUGAAAGCAGUAGAAAGGGUGGAUACGAAACAGAACACAAAAUAUCAAAUAUUCAGCAUCUGAAAAAUGGACUCAGAGAACUAAAAGAAGAGUUUAAACUUUUUGGUGAAGAAGUGAAAGAAUUAAUUAUAACAGAUCCGUUAUUGGUUGCUAGACCAGGUGAAACAGACAUCAUCUGGUGUUUCAAUGAGCCUAGUAAGUUGGACAGUUUUACAACAACCUGCGACAGUGAUCACAAUGAAGGUUUUAGUAAAUGCAGCUUUGAAAUGAGCAGUGCCGGCAGAGGCUUAUUUCAUGGCUAUCUCGAUACCCGGGUACCGAAAGAUGGUCGUAUAAAAAAGGCGGGAUAUUGUGCCAUGAGAUCGAAGAGAGUCCGAAAAUCGUUCAAACGAGCAGGAACCUUUGACUGGCAUCUGUACAAUACCUUAGUGUUGAAGGUAAGAGGGGAUGGCAGGUCUUACCUACUGAACAUAUCCUGCGAAGGAUUCUAUGACAUCACAUGGAACGAUAUUUAUCAUUACGUACUCUACACCAGAGGUGGACCAUACUGGCAGAUUGCGAAGAUACCAUUCUCGAAAUUCGUGUUAGGUUCAAAAGGUCGCAUACAGGACAAACAAACUAGGUUCCGAUUUGACAGAGUUACACACUUUGGUAUUUCUUGCGGUGAUAAAAUCAACGGCAGAUUCGAUCUGGAAAUCGAAUAUAUUGGUCUGGAGUUUGACCCCACCCACAAUGAAGAAUUUGCCUACGAAAUGUACAAAACAGAUAAAUAUAUUGUUGGAGUUUAAAUAUGUUUGUUAAGACUAGUCGAAUAAUAAAAAAUUGUUAGU